CGAAUCAGAUGAGUAAUUUGUUUGCAAGGGGUAGAGAGGAAGAGAGAGGAACUGACUGUGCUGCCGCCUAGAGUACCGUCCUCCGAACCAAACUACUGGAACUACCGGAGCCAAAGAAUACGGCGAGUUUGAGCCCCCUGAUGCUUAAUUAGUUAACAAUAAGAAAGAAAAGAGCGUUAUGUUUCAGGUAAUAUUUUUUCCUUUGACAUAAAAAAAAAUACUGGAGGACGAUAAUAAUUACUGUAAUGUCGAAUAUUAUGGAAGUUUGCUCGACUGCUGAAGAUGUUAACAAAAACAAUAAUUUUGUCAGUAACAGUGUAGUAAAUGUUUCUGAGAAUGUUCAAAAGUGUCAUAUUGAAGAAGCAUAUAAUACAAAAAAUUAUAUAAAUGUCGAAAAAAAUGCAAUUUGUAACAUUAUAUCACAGAAUGAAGAAGAUUGUAACUGUAAAAACUGUAGUGGAAGAAAUGAGUCAGGAGUAAAUAGUGAAUGCUCUAAUGAAGAUAAUAUCACUACUUAUGAAAAUGAAAAAAUAAAGAAUGAAAAUGACAUUGCUUAUGAUAAUAGAGAUGCUAAAAAUGAUAAUAUAUAUGAAAAAACAUUGUCAAAAAGGAUUUUAGAUCUAAUAGAUGAAGAUUCCAAUGAUGAAAUAAUUUCUUGUAAGAAAAACUUAGAGACUAAUAAAACAAGAAACAUUAUAAACAGUGAAUCUGAAGAAGAUUUGCAAACUAAUGAUGUUGAAGACAUUCCACAAACAAUUUAUAAGAUUGUAGAUAGUAUCAAUAGCUAUCAGAGUUUAUUGGAUUCCGACAGUGAGGAAAAUAAAAAAGAAAUACCAGGAAAUUUCUUUUCAUAUAAUAAUGCCAACAUACUUGAAAAUAAAAAUGUUAAACAAAAAUCUAAAAAGAAGAAACAAAAUUCUAUACGAGUUUCUAAAAAAGAGGCUAUGCAUAAGAUAUACAGUGAGAGCCAACGUUUAAUGAGAGAAACAGAUAUUUCUUUGCCAUAUCAUAAACCAAAGCAACGUACACUGCAGGAAUUUUUGAACAGGAGAAAACUAUCAGCUGCUUUUUCCAAGACAUCUUCAACAACUACAAAACUGAAAAUAUCUCCUACUAUAAUAAGCAAAGUUCUUGCGGAGAAGGAGAAAGAAGUGGAACGUUUUUACAAAUCUUCAGAUUCAGAAGAUGACGCACAACUUGUAUUUUCUGACUCGAAAAACAUCGAACAGUUUUCUGUUGUAGAUAAGAAGGUAUUGUCGAGGAAUGUCGAGUUUACACAUCUUGAAGACUCUCAAACAAUUGGAGUCAGCAAUAAAUCUCUUUUAGAUUUUGAUUCAUUUAGAGUAUCAAUUAGAAAAGAUCUUGAUCAAAGAGAUGAAGAUAAAAAAAUUUCUUCCUUGUUCCUAGAAAAUAGCGUUAAUAAAGAUAAUAAGUUUAAAGUGUCAUCAAUACAGGAAAUAAGUGAAUUUAUGCAAGACAAUCGAAGAAUAUCAAGAAGAUUGUUUGAAAAUAUUGAAAAUAACACCGACCAAGUUUCUGAUGUAACCCAUAAUCAACAAGAAGAAACACCAGAAAUAGGUGAAACUGUAAUUACUUCUAUAGAUGAUAGAAAAUAUAUUAAUAAAAAAACGUCAAAAGUUAAUAAGAUAGAUCGCGUAAUGGAAAUAUCGAACUCUCAGCAAUGUGAUUCUGACGUAACUAAUAAACAAUCAAAAUCACUUGAUAACGUGAAUAUUAAACAUACAACUGAAACGCUUGAAACCAGUAAUGAUGUGGCUACAAAUUCUAAUGAUUGCAUUAUAAUAGAAAAUGGAAACAAUGAAAGUAAAGAGAAAUGUAAUGAAACGGAUAACGUUUCAUCUUCAUCUUUUAUUUCAAUCAAUGACACUCUAUCAGAAACUCAAAUCAAUUGUUUAAUCGAGAAUUUCAAAAAUAACGGUUGUGUUCUUGGUUUGCCACUUCCGCAAUUUACAGAUGACAUUUUAACUAAUAGAAAAAGAUUCCUGCCGGAAUCAUUAUCAAACUCUAAAGUCAGAUUGAAAGGAUCAUCAGAUAUGAUUAUUAACUUAACCGAAGAUGUGAAAUCAAGCCAAAAAAAUGUGAAUACUUUAUUGAAUAGAUUUUUCAGCAAACAUGCAGUCACAAAGAAACAACCUGACAGUAAGUCUGAAGUAACUGUAAUACAUUUAGAGGAUACUCUAAACGGACCAUUUCCGGUUAAAGAAACGCUUCCAUAUAAAAUAUCCAUUGACAUUGAUAAUUCCGAAUUGAGUAAACCUGGAGCCAAAUUGAUGCGCUUGAAAGAGGACUUAAAACUACAAAUGAUUAUGAAACGUAACAAAGAAUGGAAACAAAAAGAAAUAGAACGGCAAUAUGAAGAAAAAUGGAACAAAGAAGAUGAAGAUGAUUAUGAAUUGGUAAGAGAUAGUUUAGACGAACAAAAACAACCUCUUUACACAAUUGACAGUGACAGUGAAGAAAGUGAACUCGAGGAGAAUGAUGUUGAAAUUAAAGAAAAAAAAAGACGUGUGUGUUUAUUUGCAGAUGACGAGGCUGAAGUUACGAAUGAUGAUUCGAACAUAGAGAUGUAUGCUGAAAACGAUGCAGAAGAUAGUAGUGAACAAUCCAUGAACUUCAAGCGUAAAAGAGAAAGCGAUAUAAGCGAUGAAAACGAUAUAAGCGACAUGGAGAUCAAUAAAGAAGAAAAGGAAGAAAUAAAUGAAGAUGCAGAUAUAGAGGAUGAUGAAAGUAAGCGUGAUUCUAAUAAAAGUGACGACAAUGUUUGGAAAAAUAAAGAGGAUAGACGAACGAAGCGAUCAAUACAUGAUUUUCAAGACGAAGAUUCAAAUAUUACAGUGUCGAAUUAUGUGAGAAGUGAUAGUAAUCACUUGAAAAAUAUUACAACAAAGAACGAAAACGACAUGCCUGUUUAUCAACAAGCAGAAGUUGUCACAAGAACUCAAGAGUGCAAAACGCCUUUCGCGAAGACGAGUAUGCUCGAUUUUAUUUCUCCCGUAACGCAGCUGAGCGUGUUGAAUACCAUCAUAGAUUCCGCUAAAAAAGACUCGUCGAAAAUAGAAAAACGUUCAGAUGAUAAAUCCUUCUUUGUAAAAGAAAGUAUUCAAAAUAUUAGCAAAUCUUCUGAACAAAUGAGUGGAGACAAAAUUUUCGUGAAGAAAAAACUCUUUGACGAUACCGAAGAAACUAUUGAUGAUGAAUAUCUCAUGCAAUUAUGCUCGGGUAAAUUUAGACCUACGCAAAACACCGCUUUGGAUCUCAAAGAUUUCUCGUCGCAAUUCAAUGACGUUAAACAAUCAGAAAAUUCAAGAACAGAAAACGAAACUUCUCAGAAUGCAACAACAAUAGACAAGGAUUUUGAUAACUCGGGUAAACGAACCAAAGAUAACGUGGUAAAUAAAGAAUUGAAAUUAACAGUUAUUUCUUCAGACGAUGAAGAACAUUCGGAUGAAACAGAUAUGGUUUCAAAACUCAAAAAACGUCCGCUCAGAAGAUUGAAUUUAUCUGAUUCUGAAGAGGAGAAUGCUGAAUCUUUUGACGAGAAAAACAGCGAUAAAGAACAGCAAUAUGUAGACUACGAUUCUGAAGAAAAUGAGGUAAUAGUACCGGAGAAAGAUAUAAAAAAGAUCGCAGCUUGUUUUGUAGAGCAAGAGGCCGAAUUGAGUGAAAGUGAUUGGGAUUCUGCCGAUGAAGAUGAGAAAGACUUAGACAAGUUGGAUUUCGAAGAAGGUGACAAUGAACAGUUGAACGAGCACGAAAUAAGAGACCAACUGGGAAAAAUGCAUAUGAAGCAAAUGUUGGACGAAGAUAAAAGAAAUGUCAGAUUACUCAAGGAAUUGUUGUUCGAAGACGGGGAUUUGUACACCGAUGUAUCGAGUCGCGAGCGCAAGUUCAAGUGGAGGAAUAUAGAGAAAUUAGGAAGUAACAUCGAAACGUCUGAACUACUUGAUGGACAAGAUUGGAUCGACGAGCAAGACCACGAGGAAGAAGCAAAAUGGUAUAAACUCAGACAAGAAAGAGAUAAAUUUCUCGAGGAAAAAAUGAAAAGUUUAAACAAUAAACUUGAAGACGAAUUAUGUGAUAGUCAAAUUUUCAAGCCAUUCAAAAGAAUCAAGGAUACCGAGUCUCAGAAACAAAGUGCUUCUCCCAGUAAAGCGGAUCUGUCUGAAACUAUAGAUCCGAUUAUGCCGCGAAAUAUUACCGAUUUGUUGAACGGACCAAGUGUCGGAAAAAAGUCUCAAAUGAUAUACAAUAUUACAAAAAAAAGUUCGUUCUUGAAUCGAGGAGAGAAAUCGUUAGCAAAAAUAGCAUCACUUGCGAAGCAAUGUGAUUCUGUUUCUCACCCAUUGAAUACAAGAAAUUUCGUCUUCCAAUAUAUCAGUCCAAGUACAGAAAGCUCAUCCAAGAAAGAUAAAGCAAAAGAACUAGAUUUGAAAAAUGAGUCUAGAAAAAGAAAGACAACGUCGAAUUGUUCAUCAACAACAAAAAAAAGACGAAAAUAA